AUGACCAAGCGGACGCGCGUCACGGCGCCGGACCUCGCGCCCGAGCUCCUCGAAGCGAUCGUCGCGUUCGUACCGCGGCAGCACGACGUGCACGUGCUUCUUGCGUCGCUACCCGCCGCGCAGCUAUCGACGCCGCUGCUGGGCUUGCGUAGGCUCUUUGUAGCAUUGUACCGUGGCCGCCUCGGCGUCGACGGCGUCACGCUCUGGCCACGACUCUGCCUUCCGCACGCCCUGCCCGACGACGCGGCCUUGCUCGCGCACCUGAGCGCCGCCUUGUCGCUCUACCCCAGCACCGUCGCGCUCUCGUGGAGCAGUGCCCGAGUCGUCGUGCCCGCCUCGACCUCGAUCGCACUGACGCUACCGAGCCCGGUGCCAUUUGCUUCGUGGCCGAGCGAGCGACUAACAGCGCUCUCCGUCACACUCAGCCCGCGCGCGGCGUGGACGCGCGGCGCGCUCGUCGAGCUGUGCACUGGCCUGCGACACCUACCGAUGCUGUCCCGCCUGUGUGUGCACUGGGCGCACGCCGCCGAGGACUUUGGCUGCCUACUGCAAGCCAUUACGCUCUCGCACGUCGUCGAUCUCGAGCUCCAGUUUGCGCGCGACGACCGCAUGAGCUGGAACGCGGACGCGGUGUCGACGAUCGCGUCCUGGCUGCAAGCCCGGCCCGUCACCACGCUCACGCUCGGCUUUCUCAAAGUCGACGAACCAUCGGUCGCCGCCUUUUGCGCGGCCCUCCACGCCUGCCGCACGCUGCAGUCGCUGUCACUGGACCAAGGCGCGCUGGCCCACGCCUACUUUGUGGAUGCUCACGUGCCGCCGACGCUGACGUCCCUUGCCGUGCACGGCUGUCGCUACACCGGCAUGCGCAGCAUCAUGGCGUGUCUUCAGCACGCGCAGCUCGAGGUCCUCUGCCUCUCGUUCCGAAUGCACGAGCCGCGCAAGGACGACGAGCUGCUCCGCUUCGUCACGGAGACCCUCCCGACGCUGACCCGGCUGCGGUCACUGGACUUGCCGCACUACAGCUUUUGCCCGGCCUCGGUCGCCGC